AUGGACAAGUCUUGUCUCUUUCAACAUUAUUCAAAGUCAACUGUUUCCGGCAUCUCGCCUGAAUCAUCGUUUGGAUCGGCGCCUCCGGAGACAUAUUCCGGUUCCUGGGAGGAGUUUCUUCGCAACUUCAAUGACUAUGAAGAAAUGGUUUCUGUGAAUAUGGCGGCGGCGGCCUCAGAUCAGUCGAAAAUCUCCAUUAACGGCGCAAGGGAAUAUAAUGUUGGAUCGGGUGUUGCUAAACAUGAAGAAUUACCCAAGAAGGGAAAAUGUUAUAUAGGUGUAAGGAAGCGGCCAUGGGGAAAAUACGCGGCUGAGAUUAGGGAUUCAACUAGACAUGGUCUUAGGGUUUGGCUUGGAACAUUCGACACCGCCGAAAAAGCCGCUUUAGCUUACGAUCAGGCCGCGCUUUCGACGAGAGGCUCGUCGGCGACCCUCAAUUUCCCGAUUGACGUCGUCACGGAAUCGCUCCGUGACAUCAGAUACCGAUGCGACGACGGUUGCUCGCCGAUAGAGGCGCUGAAGAAGAGGCUCAGCUCGAGGACAAAAUCUAAGAACACGAGGACCAGCAGCGAACGAAACAAGGUACGAGAACAAAAGAACUUGGUCGUGUUGGAAGAUUUAGGAACUGAUUACUUGGAACAACUUCUAAGUUGUUCUUGCUGAAACUUACUGAUGAGGAAAUUGAACACUAAAUAAGCAUAAAACCGAUCCAAGAAU